GGCUAUUCCCUUUUAUUUAGCUGGCGCCGCGAUCAUUCCAGCAGGGGCGGUGGAGAGAUUUGUCGAAAUAGAGAGGUACUGGCCGCGGAGCCUUGCCAGCUGAGUGUCAGGAUAAUGGAAGUUACGUGUUCUCUGGGCAUUAUUGACCCGCGCCUGCGUCAGAGACACACCUGAGCGCCGUUCUGGGAAGCGCGUUUAGCGCAUUAAGCCGGUAGCCUGAUGUUGCUGUGUGUCCGCGGCCCACCGUGAAGUUCCAGCAACGUCCUCUUUCGGCUGAUUUUAAUGAAACAUGGACCAUCCAAGCAAUGGAUAUUCCCGCGAUUUUUAUAAACGACAUAUCUGGAUCCAGGACAAUUCAGUUGUGAAUAAAAUGCAGCAGAGAUAUUGGAAAACAAAGCAAACUCUUAUCAAGGUUACUGGGAAGAAAGAAGAUCAACAUGUUAUAGCUUCAGAUGCAGACCUUGAUGCUAAAUUAGAGGUAUUCCAUUGCGUUCAAAGGACAUGUAUGGAACUUCUGAAGGUCAUUGAACAGUAUCAGAAACAGAUUUGCUUUUUGUCUCAGGAAGAAAAUGAAUUGGGCAAAUUUCUUAGAUCCCAGGGUUCACAGGAUAAAACCAGGGCAGGAAAGAUGAUGCAAGCAACUGGAAAGGCACUAUGUUUCUCCUCACAACAAAGGCUGGCACUCCGUAGUCCUUUAUGUCGACUGUACCAGGAAGUGGAAACUUUUAGGUACCGUGCCAUUUCUGAUACCUGGCUGACAGUGAAUCGAAUGGAACAGUCUCGCACGGAAUACCGGGGAGCACUACUCUGGAUGAAAGAUAUUUCUCAGGAGUUGGAUCCUGAUGUGUAUAAGCAUCUAGAAAAGUUUAGGAAGGUCCAAGGCCAAGUUCGUAUUACGAAGAUUCACUUUGACAAAUUAAAGAAUGAUGUGUGCCAGAAAGUGGAUUUACUGGGAGCAAGUCGUUGCAAUCUUCUUUCUCACAUUUUAGUAACUUAUCAGACAACAUUACUUCAUUUUUGGGAAAAGACUUCCCACACCAUGGCAGCUAUUCACGAAAGUUUCAAAGGCUACCAGCCAUAUGAGUUUGCAAUGUUGAAGGUUUUGCAAGGACCUGUAAAUGAAUUGGUAGAGCAGAUGUCUCAAGGAGAGAAUAAUGCAAAGAAUAAUGUUACAAAGGAUGCGUCUGAUACAGAUGAUGAGCUUAUCUCAUUAAAAGAAGAUAAUGAAAAUAAGGAAUCUAUUACUUCAGAUGCAUCUCUGUCUCCAGUAAUAGGAAAAGAUGGCUUUUCAACUUUGGAAGCCAAGUCUUCAAGCAAUCAGCAUAAAUCAAAAUGUAUAGAUGAUUUGUUAGAUCUGAAGAAGGAAGAAAAGCCAACUUUGUCUCCAAGUGCUCCAACGAAUUUAUUGAUCAACUCCAUUGAAUCUCAAACAAGUGACAAGGAUGAAAUGGCGUUGUUGAAUGAAAUACUAAAUGGGACAUCACUGGAAGAGGGUGACUUCAGCAGAGAAUGGCAAGCAGUAUUCGGAGAAGGUCUGUAUUCACCAAACCAUCCAACAGCUGGUGAAUCGGACCAAUCUCCCUCUCCUUCAAGCUUCCUCCCUUCUCAACUGUUUGACAAAAGCUUGGGAGAUCUAUCAUCUUCAGUUACUGGUUGGACAGCAGUCAGCCUCAAUCAUCAACCUGCAUUUCGGUCAAAAGAGCAGCUAAACGGAUUCAUUGGGGAUAUGAGUAAGAAUCCAUUAAAAGGUGCUUCGAAAAAUUCAACUGACCAGUCUACAUGGUUUAAACUUUUUGCUGACCUGGACCCAUUAUCAAACCCGGAUGCAAUUGGACGAACUGAUGAGGAACAUGAGCUCCUCAAUGCAUGACACACAUUAGUCUAAGGUGUAAUCAUGACUAUAAUAUUGUAAUCUUUGGUAAGUCUAUUGAAUGCUGACUACUAGAUCCUAAUUUUCUAAUCUUUCACUCAUUAUAACCCGCUGAAAAAAAUAUUUAAUUAUUUUUAUCAGCACAAAUGAUAGAAAUCUAUUAAAAAGACAAUCUGUAAAUGUUGAUGUCUUGUUACUAAAUGAUAGAGAGUAAUGUCAUUUUUGUUCAAUUAACCAGAUGUUUUCUAGGCUACUUUCUACAACCAACAAUAAAUCUAUAUAAUUGGCAACACUUUUUAUUCAGAGAAGCUCUGUCAUUGCACAGAGCCAACUUCUACACUGAACAUUUUCCUUAUUCAAUUACUCUCAGAGAACAAAUUGGAAUUUAUUUUCAUCGGGGGGUGGUAAAAUGCUCCAGUCACUCGGAAAUGUACUGUAUAUGUUUCUAUUUUCAUCAGGGAAUCAAUCAUCUCCCCCCUACAUUGUACAUGGCUCUGAUUCUGAAAUACACAUUAAUUCAUGUUCUCAGAUCAUUAGUAAUAGGAACAAAAAAGCAAGUAUCCAUUGAUAUAAUUAGUGGGCUCGUGGCCAAGUGGUUAAGGCAUUGGACUAGUGACCUGAAGGUCGUGAGUUCGAGCCCCAGCCGAGGCAAUCUGUUGUGUCCUUGAGCAAAGCACUUAAUCACACAUUGCUCUGCAACAACACUGGUGCCAAGUUGUAUGGGUCCUAAUGCCCUUCCCUUGGACAACAUUGGUGUCGUGGAGAGGGGAGACUUGCAGCAUGGGCAACCGCUGGUCUUCCAUACAACGUUGCCCAGGCCUGCACCCUGGAGAGUGAAGACUUUCCAGGUGCAGAUCCAUGGUCUUGCAAGACUAAUGGAUGCCUUUAAUUUAAUUAGUUAAAUUUGAGGUUGUUUUGCGAUUUACAUGGUAACUCCAUGUGCCAUUCUAUUAACAGCAUGGGUACUGACUGAGACAUGUUGUAUUGUCAUUAGAUGAAUCAGUAGCCUUGGCAGCAUUGCUAAAUCAGUACAUAUCUCUGAAUCAUGGUUAAAGAAAGAACUACUGCUUUUGGACUGGUAAGCAGAGCCAUAGCAAUUUCAGCUCAAGCAGUCCAGAGCUUUCAAUUCUCCAAAAAGUUUGCAUUAUUGGUCAAUUUUUACAGAGGGAGAGAUGGAGGGAGACACCAAAGUGUGGGGUUAAAAUUGAACCUCAUCAUGCUCAUUUUUCUGGUAGGAAAACCAACGUGCAAUACAGAUACUUAGAGUAGUCGAUUCAUUUACAAUCUAAAUGAAGAGACUAAUGGAUGCUUUACGUUUUUUUGCUCGGCAUAUACCAGCCUCUCUCAUUACCAACGCUAUAGAUGUAUUUUUAAAUUUUCAGUGCUUGUUGCUGUGCCCAACUUGCUUCUCCUUUGUGCUGUUGAUACUGCUGGCUACAUCCUGUUUUCUUUAGCUAGGAGGAUUACUUCAGACAUGCAGCUCACCUGAAUUAUUGAAAUGAGUCUAGAGAUCCAAUUUUGGAUCUGUUGGGGCUGCAUUGGUCAAAGUUUAAAGUAAGUUUAUAAUCGAAGUACAGGUAUGUCAUCAGAAGGGUAGGGAAAGGAAGAAGACAGCAGUAAUAGGGGACUCUAUAGUUAGGGGGUCAGACAGGCAACUGUGUGGAUGCAGGAAAGAAACAUGGAUGGUAGUUUGCCUCCCAGGUGCUAGGGGCUGGGGUGUUUCUGAUUGUGUCCAUGAUAUCCUGAAGUGGUAAGAUGAACAACCAGAGAUUGUGGUAUAUAUUGGUAUCAAUGACAUAGGUAGGAAAAGGGAGGAGGUCCUGAAAACAGACUACAGGGAGUUAGGAAGGAAGUUAAGAAGCAGGACCUCAAAGGUAAUCUCAGGAUUACUGUCUGUGCCACACAACAGUGAGUGUAGGAAUAGAGUGAGGUGGAGGAUAAAUGUGUGGCUGAGAGAUUGGAGCGGGGGGGGCAGGGAUUCGGAUUUCUGGAUUAUUGGGACCUCUUUUGGGGCAGGUGUAACCUGUACAAAAAGGACAGGUUGCACUUGAAUCCAAGGGGGACCAAUAUCCUGGCAGGGAGGUUUGCUAAGGCUAUUGGGAGAGUUUAAACUAGAAGUUUUGGGGGGUGGGAACCAAACUAAAGAGACUGGGGAAGAGGCUGUUGGCUCACAAAUAGAGAAGCUUGGAGACAGUGCGAGAGGGAGGAUAGGCAGGUGAUAGAGAAGGGAUGUGCUCUGACCGAUGGUUUGAGAUGUUUCUAUUUUAAUGCAAGAAGCAUCAUGAACAAAGCAGAUGACCUUAGAGCGUAGAUCAAUACUUAGAGUUAUGAUGUUGUGGCCAUUACGGAGACUUGGAUGGUUCAGUGGCAGGAAUGGUUGCUUAGAGUGCCAGGCUAUAGAUGUUUCAGAAAGGACGGGGAGGGAGGCAAAAGAGGUGGGGGCGUGGCAUUGCUGAUCAGAGAUAGUGUCACGGCUGCAGAAAAGGAGGAAGUCAUGGUGGGAUUGUCUACUGAGUUUCUGUGGGUGGAAGGUAAGAACAGGAAGGGGUCAAUAACUCUAUUGGGUGUUUUUGUAGACCACCCAAUAGUAACAGGGACAUCGAGGAACAGAUAGGGAGACAGAUUCUGGAAAGGUGUGAUAAUAACAGGAUUGUCAUGGUGGGAGAUUUUAAUUUCCCAAAUAUUGAUUGGCAUCUCCCUAGACCAAAGGGUUUAGAUGGGGUGGAGUUUGUUAGGUGUGUUCAGGAAGGUUUCCUGACAAUAUGUAAAUAAGCCUACAAGAGGAGAGACUGUACUUGAUCUGCUAUUGGGAAAUGAACCUGGUCAAGUGACAGAUUUCUGGUCUCUCAGUGGGAGAGACAGUGAUCACAAUUCUAUCUCCUUUACCAAAGCAUUGGAGAGGGAUGGGAACAGACAAGUUAGGAAAGCGUUUAAUUGGAAAAGGGGAAAUAUGAAGCUAUCAGGCAGGAACUUGGAAGCAUAAAUUGGGAACAGAUAUUCUCAGGGAAAUGUACGGCAGGAAUGUGGCAAAUGUUCAGGGGAUAUUUGCGUGACGUUCUGCAUAAAUACAUUCCAAUGAGACAGGGAAAGGAUGGUAGGGCACAGGAACCAUGGUGUUCAAAGCUUGUUGAAAAUCUAGUCAAGAAGAAAAGAAAAGCUUACGAAAGGUUCAAAGAACUAGGUGAUGAUAGAGAUCAAGAAGAUUAUAAGGCUAGCAGAAAGGAGGUUGAGAAGGCCUUGGCCAAGUGUGACAGUGGAGAACUAUGUAUGGAACCGGAGGAGAUAACAGAGAUACUUAAUGAAUCCUUUGCUUCAGUAUUCACUAGGGAAAAGGAUCUUGGUGAUUGCAGGGAUGACUUACAGUGGAUUGAAAAGAUUGAGCAUAUCGACAUUAAGAAAGAGCAUGUGCUGGAGCUUUUGGAAAGCAUCAAGUUGGAUAAGUCACUUGGAUCGGACGAGAUGUAGCCCAGGCUACUGUGGGAGGCGAGGGAUGAGAUUGCUGAGCCUCUGGCAAUGAUCUUUGCAUCAUCAAUGGGGACGGGAGAGGUUCCAGAGGAUUGGAGGCUUGCGGAUGUUGUUCCUUUAUUCAAGAAAGGGAGUAGAGAUAGCCCAGGAAAUUAUAGCCCGGUGAGCCUAACUUCAGUGGUUGGUAAGUUGAUGGAAAAGAUUCUGAGAGGCAGGAUUUAUGAACAUUUGGAGAGGUAUAAUAUGAUUAGGAAUAGUCAGCAUGGCUUUGUCAAGGGCAGUUCAUGCCUUAUGAGCCUGAUUGAAAUUUUUGAGGAUGUGACUAAACGCAUUGAUGAUUGUAGAGCAGUAGAUGUCGUGUAUAUGGAUUUCAGCAAGGCAUUUGAUAAGAUACCCUAUACAAGGCUUAUUGAGAAAGUAAGGAGGCAUAGGAUCCAAGGGAACAUUGCUUUGUGGAUCCAGAAUUGGCUUGCCCACAGAAGGCAAAGAGUGGUUGUAGCUGGCUCAUAUUCUGCAUGGCGGUCGGUGACCAGUGGUGUGCCUCAGGGAUCUGUUCUGGGGCCUCUUCUCUUUGUGAUUUUUAAUAAGUGACCUGGAUGAAGAAGUGGAGGGAUGGGUUAGUAAAUUUGCUGAUGACACAAAGGUUGGGGGUGUUGUGGAUAGUGUGGAGGGCUGUCAGAGGUUACUGCGGGACAUCGAUAGGAUGCAAAACUGGGCUGAGAAGUGGCAGAUGGAGUUCAACCCAGGUAAGUGUAAGGUGUUUCAUUUGGGUAGGUCAAAUAUGAUGGCAGAAGAUAGUAUUAAUGGUAAGAUUUUUAGCAAUGUGGAGGAUCAGAGGGACCUUAGGGUCCGAGUGCAUUGGAGACUAAAAGCUGCUGCGCAGAUUGACUCUGUGGUUAAGAAGGCACACAGUGCAUUGGCCUUCAUCAGUCAUGGGAUUGAGUUCAAGAGCCGAGAGAUAAUGUUGCAGCUAUAUAGGACCCUGGUCAGGCUCCACUUGGAGUACUGUACUCAGUAUUGGUCACCUCGCUACAGGAAGGAUGUGGAAACUAUAGAAAGUGUGCAAAGGAGAUUUACAAGAAUGUUGCCUUUAUUGGGGAGCAUGCCUUAUAGGAUGAGUGAACUCGGCUUUUUCUCCUUGGAGUGGUGGAGGAUGAGAGGUGAGCUGAUAGAGGUGUAUAAGAUGAUGACAGGCAUUGAUUGUGUGGAUAGUCAGAGGCUUUUUCCCAGGGCUGAAAUGGCUAACAUGAGAGGGCACAGUUUUAAGAUGCUUGAAAGUAGAUACAGAGGAGAUGUUAGGUUUUUUUUCACACACAGAGAGUGGUGAGUGCAUGGAAUGGGCUGCUGGCAAUGGUGGUGGAGGCGGAUAUGAUAGGGUCUUUUAAGUGUUACGUACGCCAUAACUGGGAUGCCAAACCAGCAGAAAUGGACCACUUAGUUGGAGUCUGGAUUACUGGAACUAAGAAAGUUUUAUUAAAGAAAUAAGUAACACAGUACUCUAAUCGUAAGGAUGUAAAUGCAACAGGUUAGCAAUGAUAAAACACACAUGUACACAGAACUAGGAUAAUAGGAAUCAAUCAAGCUCUAUCGCAGUCUAGGGGUAAAAUGAUCAGUCUCAAGUGGCGCAGAGUUCAGUUCAGCUUAGUACAGUUCGCAGUAAUCGCUGUUGUGCCAUUGGAGAGAGGGAGAGGGAAUAUGCAAAUUCUGAUUCACACAGACCUUUGUUCUUCGCAGUUGACUUUCGGGCGGACUCUUUUAAUGUCUUCUGUGGUCACCGACUGUGACCCCUCCGUUCCGGAUACGACCGUUCUUCCGCGGUGAACCCGGCACCCAGGCAAGGGCCGACACACACACCAGGUUCCCGCCGAUCGUACCUUUUCACCCUGUGCAUCUAUGGUUGGUCCCGCGACCAGACCUCCAAACUCCCGCCAACCUGUGGGAGCACACUGCUUUUCCAGGGUCUCAUUAUCUUGUGAUCUUGUGGAGUCUGUCGUGCCUUAGAGAACCUGUUCCUUUUAUCCCCCUGCUGGGGUAUCGCCUGUCCAUCAAACUUCAAAUAGUUCAGGUUCAAAGCAACCGGUCUGUCAAUACUCGGAACUGUGUCUCUUUUUGUUAAUCUCUCUCCUCUCUCAUUAACAUUUUGAACGCUUCUCCAUUUGUCUCUCUUACCGCUCUCAUCAGUAUCAAUCUUCUGAUAACUUGGUUUUUCGUCACAUAAGAGACUCCUGGAUAGAUACAUGGAGCUUAGAAAAAUAGAGGGCUAUGGGUGAGCCUAGGUAAUUUUUCUGUAAGUACAUGUUCAGCACAGCAUUUGUGGGCUGAAGGGCCUGUGUUGUGCUGUAGGUUUUCUGUGUUUUUAUGUACAACAUUGAGAUUCAUCUUCUUGUGGGCAAACUCAAUAAAUCCAAUAACCAUAAUAGUAUCGAUGAAAGGCCCUACCAACCGGGUGGACAACCAAUGUGAGUUUUAAAAAAACACGGUACAAAUACAAAAAGGAAAACAAAUUAUAAUAUAAAUAAACAACCAAUAAAUAUUAAGAACAGGAGAUAAAGAGUUGUUGAAAGUGAGUCAUAGGUUGUGGGAAUAGUUCAGUAAUGGGUCAUGGUGUUGCUUGGUACAAAAAUGGGUAAAGUCAUUUCUGCCCCAAAAUAUUGCGAUUUAACUACUCCAAUCUGUAAAUAUCAAUACUCGUUUGAUAAAAUCUAAACCAAAUUGAAGUAAUUUAUAAUUUAUGUUCAAUGAAAAAAGCUCUAAAUCUUUCCCACAUCAUAGAUUAAUCCAUCUGUAAUACCAGAGUCUUUUUAAGAGCAAAGGUUAUAAGACAUUUGAAUAGAAUUAGGCCAUUUGGCCCAUUGGGUGUAUUCCACCGUUUUAUCAUGGCUGAUUUGUUAUCCUUCUCAACCCCAUUCGCCUGCGUUCUCCUCAUAACUUUUGACACCUUUACUAAUCAAGAAUUUAUCAACCUCCACUUUAAAUAUACCCAAUGACUUGGCCUCCACAGCCAUCUGUGGCAAUGAAUUUCACAGAUUCGCCACCACCUUGCUAAAGAAAUUAUUACUCAUCACUGUUCUAAAGGGAUGUGCUUGUCAGGCUUUCAUAGAUCAUGUAUGGUAUUUCAUAAGUAUUCUCAUCCACAAUUUGUACAAGUUAAAAAUAAAAUCUUUGGUUAUAACUAGCUUCUCUUAAUGAAUUCUAACAUGAUUAGGCUAAUAGCCAUUAGUUGAAUCCAUUUUAGAAUUUUAAGUGAAAGUCAAAAUUUGGCUUGUAUAAUGUUUUCUUAAAUGAAAAUACUGUUGUAGUUCUUAUUUCAGUGUGAAAUAUUAGUUGAUAUUAUCUGCCAUUGCUAUCACAGAGGAUGUCUAAACCCAAUUCAUCUCCCAUUCCAAAAUCUGUACAGUGUUUCUGGGGAUUAUAAGAGACUGCCAUUCAGUUUCUUGUAUUCAUCCUUUCUCUUCCAACAGCUACCCGCUUAGUCCAUCUCUUUCUCCACUGCUCUACAGUUUUUAAAGUGUAUAUACCCAGUCACCUUUUUUGCAUGGUCCUGUUGGAUCUACUUCUGUAAUGCUUUGAUGUAGUGUUUUCCUGAUCACAAGUGUGCUUUAUAAGUCCUCACCAUUCCUUAAUUCCAAAAUUAUCUCCAGUUUGAUGAGUCAGCUCCUUAUUUAUUUUGCAAAACAAAAUCCACUUUACAAACUAAAAUCGUUAAUUUUGAAUGUUUCUAAUAAUCAACCUCAAACUUUUGUCCCGAGGAAAAUGAUUGCAGCUUCACCAGUCAGUUAAGAUUGAGGUCCAGCCUUCCUGAUCAACAUUCUAGCUCAUCUUCUCUGCAUCUUCCAAAGCCCAAGCAUCCUUCCUCUGGUAUUCUAACUGCAUAACAUAAUCUGACUGAGACAUGAUCACAACUUGUAAAUGUUUAAUAUCUCUCUUGUUUGUACAAUAAUCCUUGGGAAAGACAAUGAUCCCUAAAGCAACUGUAACAGCUUUAAUACAUUACAGCACAAGAACAGGCCCUUUUGCCCAUUGUAUUAUGCUGAACUAAUUAAACUAGCCACCAAAUGCCCAACUAAGCUAGUCCCUUGUGACUACACAAUGUCCAUAUCUUCUUUCUCGCGAAACACCUCUAUUGUAUUUGCCUCCACCGCCACCCCUGGCAGCACAGUCCAGAUACCCAUCUCUCUGUAAAAGAAAUCUUGCCCUGUGUAUCUCCUUUUAAUUUGCACCCCCCCGCCACCCCACCUUAAAUGGAUGCUGCCUGGAAUUAAACACUAUAAGCCUCAGAAAAAGUUCAUUGUUUUCUAUUCUAUCUAUAUCUCUCACAAACUUGUAAACUUCUAUCAGGUCUCCUCUCAGCUUCUGCUGCUCCAGCGAAAGCAGUCCAAGUUUGUCCAACUUUGCCUCGUAGAACAUGCCCUCUAAUUCAGGCAGCACCCUAACGAGCCUCUUCUGCACCCUCUCCAAAGCCUCAACAUCCUUCCUAUAAUGGGACAAUCAGAAAUGAAUCCAAUACUCCAGCAGUGGCCUAGCUAGAGUUUUAUAAAGCUGUAAAAUAACUUCCUUGCUCUUGAGCUGAAUUCGUCAACUAAUAAGGGCAAGCAUGCUACUUGCCAUCUUUCCCAAACUGUUUACCAGUGUGGCCACUUUUAGGGAACUAUGGGCUUGAACUCUGCAGCAGCACCGUGUUGAGUCUUGCCACUAACUGCAUACUGUUCCUUUACACUUCAUCUUCCAAAGGACAACAAUUAAAAUUUGGCUGGGGUAAACACCAGCUGCCAAUUCUCCACCCAUAUCUGCAACUGAUCCAUGUUCCGCUGUAUCCUUUGGCAGUCUUCUAUACUAUCUGUAAAAUCAUCUGCAAGUGUACUAAUCCACUGGACACAUUUUCAUCCAGGUGAUUAGUAGAGGUCUCACCACAGAUCCCCAUUCAACACUAUUAGUCACAGACCUCCAGCCAAGAACAAGUCACAUUGACCAUUACCCUAUGUCUUCUGUAACUCUGAGCUUCUUCAACUUGUCUGAUCGUGCAGUUCCUUUAAAAUUAUAUCAUCUAAUUUAUAUUGUCUCUCCUUAAUAUGAAAUGAUGCAGGAAGAUUAUUUUGAGUGAACAGGUUCUACAUUAAAUGAACUGACCAUAUGAAUUCAGGACUCUCAUCAAGAUGUAUGAACGAUGACAGAUAAACCUCUGCAUCGACACACUGCUGGUUUACACAUCCCAAAAAUGUAAUGUUGGGCUGCCUAUCUCACCAGCACACAGUUUAGGGAAGUGCCAGGAAAGGAAUACAGCAAAAAAUUGAAGCAAAUGUAGCCAGCAGAGGCUGUCAGGAGGACUGCAGAGUUGCAUCUAGAAUUCAGAAGAAAAACAUAAACAGUUUUAACUGCAACCACACACAAAAUACUGGAGGAACUGAGCAGGUCAGGCAGCAUCUAUGGAAAUGAAUAAACAAUCGAUGUUUCUGGACUGAGAAGGAAGGGGGAAGAUGCCAGAAAGUUUUAACUGUCAGACUUUAAAAUGCUUGAUCUUUUUUUAAUGUAGGAUUAUGAACAUCUUCGAAUAAUUACAUUUAAUUGUUGUGACACAGUGGUUCUUUCACAGACUUUGUCCUCUGACAAAGAACCCUGGUUGUGGAAAAUUUCAAGUAAAAGGCAGCACAGCUCGGGGAUCUGGAUUUGAUCCAGAUCUCGGGGGCUGUCUGUGGUAGUAUGAGUACAUUUUCCCUGUGAUGUUAAUUGGUUAGGCCCAUCACCCCUACUGAAGCAAUGGCUGCCGACAGCAUCUCGCCAGGGGCCUCUGUCCUGGGCCAGGCAAUGAAGUUAUCCCCAGGUGCAGGCCAUCUUCUUGGUGUAUGCUUCCUGUCCCAGGGAUGAAGUCUGUUGGUGUAUCUACAGGAUGCAUUUGCUAGCCUCUUGGCAACCCUCCUUUUGCAAACAGACUUGGGACCAUCCAUAGUAGAGUUAUCACAAAGAUGUACUGGUAGAUUAAUUGAUUAUUGUGAAUUGGGGAGGGAGUUGUAGAUCAGAGAAAGAUUAGUGAGAAUAGGAAUGUCAAUGGGGUGAACGGCAGCCUCUUGCCUUAUACAAUAUAAAAAUAUUUACACAACUGAGCUAGCUAGACAUUCACCACUGUAAUCUCUGGCGAAUGACUGGAAAUAGAUACACUGACCUUUCCUUGCCGACCUUGAGGCACAAGCAAAUUCCUUAAUGUUGCUGUUAACUAAAUUGUGAUUGGCUGUCUGCAUAGACCAGGAAUCAAAUGUGAGUGAGGUCUUGCUCAUCUGAAUUCUUCACUACACUUGCAAAAUAUUGAAUUUUGGUAGUUGCCAAAUGCUGCCAAUUUAGGCUCCAUUGACAACAGUAUCAUAUUUUAGGCAGGCACUGGUGCAUUUUAUGUACAUUGUUUUAUAUAUUUCCUGGAUCUAUUUCUAUUAGCAAAGAUAAGAAUUUGAUUCAAGUGCUUUUUCUUAUUUAUCUCUCAUACUGUUGUUUGCUUCAAAAGAUGAAACGUUAUAAACCGAGUGAAAUUUUCUUUUUGAGGUAAAAUGAUAUAGAUUACAUUGCUUUUUUUUUGUUUCCACAAAAAAGUUGGCUUGUAAGAUUAAAAAAAAUCGGUUCUAAGCUUUUCCAUUCACUAUGUGAUGCAUUAUUUAUUUUCUGAAUACAUUUUCAAGAUUGUGUGGAAUAGCGAUGUAACUGCAAUUGGUUCUUUUAUAAAAUCCCAAUAGUAAAUUUAUUCAAAAUAAUAAGCUACAAAGCCUAUAAAAAGUAUUAACACCCCCCCCCAGAAGUUUUCAUGUUUUAUUGUUUUAUAACACUAAAUCACAGUGGAUUUAAUUUGGUUUUUUGGACACUGAUCAACAGAAAAAUACUUUUCAUGGAAACAGAUCUCUGCAAAAUGAUCUAAAUUAAUUUAAAAUAUAAAACACAAAAUAAUUAAGCGCAUAAGAAUUCACCCUCUUUGAUAAGACACACCAAACCAUCACUGGUGCAGCCAUUUGGUUUUAGAAGUCACAUAAUUAGUUAAUUGGAGAUCAUCAUAUGUAGUCAAAGUGUUUCAAUUGAUUUUAAUAAAAUACGCCUGUGUCUGGAAGGUCUACUGCUGGUGAGUCAGUAUCCUGGCAAAAUAUACACCAUGAAGACGAAAGAAAACUCCAAGCAACUCUGUGAAAAGGUUAUUGACAAGCACAAAUCAGGAGAUGGAUACAAGAAAACUUACAAGGGAAAAAAUAUGGCGCAGCUGUAAACCUGCCAACAGCAAACAGUCCUCAAAAGCUGAGUGGUCGUGCAAGAAGGGGACUAGAGAGGGAGGCCACCAAGAGAACAAUGACAGCUCUGGAGGAGUUGCAAGCUUCAGUGGCUGAGAUGGGAGAAACUGUGCAUACAAUGACUGUUGCCCAGCUGCUUCACCAGUCACAGCUUUAUUAGAGAACAGCAAAGGGAAAGCACUGUUGAAAAAACUCAUGAAAUCUCAGCUUGAUUUUGCCAGAAGGCAUGUGAGAGACUCUGAAGCCAGCUGGACGAAGGUUCCAUGGUCUGCUGAAACCAAAAUUGAGCUUUUUGGCUGUCAGACGAAAUGCUAUGUUUGGUGUAAGCCAAAACACUGCACAUUAUCAAAAACACACCAUAUCUACUGUGAAGCACGGUGAUGGCUGCAUCAUGCUGUAGGGAUGCUUCUCUGCAGCAGGCCUUGGAAGGCUUGUGAAUGUAGACGGUAAAAUGAAUACAGCAAAAUACAGGGAAAUCCUGGAGGAAAACUGGAUGCAGUCUGCAAGAGAACUGUGACUUAGGAGAAGAUUUGUUUUCCAGCAAGACAAUGACCCCAAGCAUAAAGCCAAAGCUACACAGGAGUGGCUUAAAAACAAAGUUAAUAUCCUGGAGUGGCCAAGUCAGUGUCCAGACCUCAAUCAAAUUGAGAAUUUGUGGCUGGAUUGAAAAGGACUAUUCACUCAUGAUCCCCAUGCAAACUGACAGAGCUUGAGGAGUUUUGUAAAGAAGAAUGGGGAAAAAUUACCGUGUCCAGAUGUGCAAAGCUGAUAGAGACCUAUCCAAAAGUACAUCUACUAAAUACUGACUUGAAGGGGGUGAAUACUUGUGCAAUCAAUUAUUUUGUGUUUUAUAUUUGUAAUUAAUUUACAUCACUUUGUAGAGAUCUGUUUUCACUUUGACAUGAGUCUUUUUCUGUUGAUCAGUGCUGGGGGGAAAAGAAACAAAUCCACUAUGAUUCAAU